UUUUCGGAUAAUCAGAUUCCAUACCCAAAUAUUCGUCUUGAGUGUUGAUUUAACCACGAGUUUAGGUUCGAUUCCAGUCCCAUGAUACGUACUAACCCGAAUAGCCUAGCGCCCACACGAUCAAACAAACGGGUCAAGCGUGUCUUCGAAGCUUCAACCCUAACAACAAAAACACCAGGCUCAAAACAACGCUAGAAAUUCAUCUUCUGAUUUCCAAAUGUAAGACACGAAUCCGUUGCCACGUAAACCCACCUUAUCAAACUUCUUUUCGAAUUCUUUUUCAUUAGUUUAACCUGUUGAGAAGAUUGCAGGCUUCUGUCUUUUGGAUAUUGAACUAUGCAAGGGGAUAUUAGAAAGUGGUUCAUGAAACAACACGACAAAGACAAAGACAAAGAAAAAGAGAAAGAUAACGGAAAUGCACCAAAACCUGCAAAACCAGCACUCGCGAUACCAGGGAAAACAUCAACUGCCAAAGACACAUCCUCGUCUUCACCUGUGAAAUCAGUACAAGGAGGUCAAGAAAGUUCAGGGAGACGUAAAACUAGUAAAUAUUUUGCUUCCGAAAAACAAAAUCAAGAAGAUGCAAAAGAAGCAUCUGGACCCACAUCAAAACGAAAGGUGGAGAAGUCAUCUUCUAAUGCACAACCGUCACCUGCAAAGAAGCUGCACAAAGUGAAUGACGACGACGACGAUGAUGAUUUUGUUUUACCCAAAACCGGAAAAAGCUCAGCCGAAACGACUCCCAGUAAGAAACUGAAAAGCGGUUCCGGUAAAGGCGUUCCCAGUCCAAGUAUGAAAGAAGAAAGCGAUGACGACACUCCAGUAAUUUCUAAAUCCAGCGGAAGAGGUCGCGGUAGAAGGGGAGGGGCGGCUGGCGGCAGAGGGAAAAAGUUGGAGGAUGACGAGGGCGGUGAUGGUGAUGACGAGGAUGCUAAAGAGGUCAAGUCUGGUGGCCGUGGUCGUGGUGGAAGGGGUGGUUCGGCGGCGGCAGGUGGAAGAGGUGGUGGACGUGGUGGAUUUAUGCCGUUCGGUGAACGGAAAGAUCCUCCUCACAAAGGAGAAAAGGAAGUUCCGGAAGGUUCUCCUGAAUGUUUAUCUGGUUUGACUUUUGUCAUCAGUGGAACACUCGACAGUCUGGAAAGAGAAGAAGCUGAGGAUCUGAUUAAACGACAUGGAGGCCGUGUUACCGGAUCCGUCAGCAAGAAAACGACGUAUCUCUUAUGCGAUGAAGAUAUUGGGGGACGGAAAUCAGAAACUGCAAAAAAGCUCGGCACAAAGUUUCUUACCGAGGACGGACUUUUUGACAUGAUUCGUGCAUCAAAUCGCUCAAAAGUCACCAAGAAAGAAGAAACGAAGAAACCGGUCACCGUUAAAGAAGAAACGAAGAAACCGGUCAUCGUUAAAGAAGAAACGGAGAAACAAGUGGACAAAAUAACCGCUUCUGUACCGAAACCAAGUCCUCAAAAAGCAGUAAAAAAGAAGGAUGAAGUUCGUAAACCAACCGAUUCACUGCCGUGGACAGAGAAAUACAAACCGAAAGUUCUAACUGAUAUUAUAGGGAAUCAGUCACUGGUGAAGCAGCUUCAUGAUUGGCUGAAAAACUGGGAUGCGAAUUUUCUGAGCGGUGCUAGUAAGGGAAAGGGUAAAAAGCCGAACGACUCAGGGGCAAAAAAGGCAAUUUUAUUAAGUGGUACACCUGGCAUAGGGAAGACUACAUCUGCAAAGUUAGUUAGUAAAAUGCUCGGUUUCCAGACCAUUGAGGUUAACGCUAGUGACAGUCGCGGAAAGGCUGAUUCGAAAAUAGAAAAAGGAAUCGGUAGUAGCACGGCUAAUUCUAUAAAAGAACUUGUCAGUAAUCAAUCUUUGAAUGCCGACAUGAAUAGCUCAAAGCAUCCAAAGGCAGUGCUGAUUAUGGAUGAAGUUGACGGUAUGUCUGCCGGAGACAGGGGUGGUGUAGCAGAUCUUAUCUUAAGUAUCAAAACGUCGAAAAUCCCGAUUAUUUGUAUAUGCAAUGACCGAUAUAGUCAGAAGUUAAAAAGUCUUGUGAAUUACUGUUUACUCCUCAGCUUCCACAAACCAACAAAACAACAGAUGGCAAAGAGAUUGGCACAAGUUGCAAAGACAGAAGGCCUUCAAGUAAACGAGGUUGCACUUGAGGAACUUGCUUCUAGAGUUAAUGGAGAUAUGCGUAUGGCGUUGAACCAGUUGCAAUAUAUGAGUCUAUCGAUGAGAGAAAUUAAAUACGAUGACAUAAGACAGCGACUUCUUAACAGUUCUAAAGAUGAAGAUAUGUCUCCUUUUACAGCAGUUCAAAAACUGUUUGAUUACAAUGGUGGUAACCUGCGGAUGGAUGAACGUUUCGAUCUUAGCACAAGUGAUCCAGAUUUAGUACCUCUUAUCAUACAGGAAAACUACAUCAAUUACAGGCCAAGUUCGGUUAAGAAAGACGAAAAUGGAGUCCAAAGGAUGAAUUUAAUCGCACGUGCGGCUGAUUCUAUUGCGAACGCGGAUAUAAUUAAUGUACAAAUAAGAAGAUACCAAAAGUGGCAGCUUUUUCCAAGUAGUACUUUACAAUCUAGUAUAAUCCCGGCUGCUCUGCUGCAUGGAAGCCGCGAAACAUUAGAACAGGGUGAAAGGAACUUUAACAGAUUUGGCGGUUGGUUAGGAAAGAACUCUACGAUGGGAAAGAAUUACAGGCUACUCGACGAUGUGCAUGUUCAUCUGCUAUCGUCCCUACAGUUCAAUUUGGGCAGGAGAACCUUGUGUCUUGAAUAUCUCUCCCUUCUCCUUAAACACAUGACGGAUCCACUAAAGACGCUCACAAAGGAUGAAGCUGUUGAAAAGGUGGUUGAGUUUAUGGAUGAGUACUCUAUAAGCCAGGAGGACUUUGAGUCACUAAUGGCCAUGUCGAAAUUUCAGGGGCGCCCAAAUCCACUUGAUGGUGUUCCGCCAGCUGUAAAAGCCGCGCUAACAAAGGCAUAUAACAAAGGAAGUAAGUCGCGUGUGAUUCGUUCAGCAGAUUUAAUCACACUUCCAGGUAUUAAAAAGGCUCCGAAGAAACGGGUUGCCGCCAUGCUGGAACCGAUAGAUGAUGGUGUGGUGGCGGAUGCUGAUGUUGCACAGAAUGAUGAAAACAACUCGGAUGCAGAGGAUCUGGGUGAUGGUGACGAGGAAAAGCCAAAAGUGGAUAUUGAGAGUCUCAGUUCGAAAGGAAUUCAACUACAAAUGGAGUCUAAGGCUACGGGCACGAAGCGGGCCCCUGCAGGUAGAGGAAGAGGUGGCGGUGGUCGUGGUGGUGCUGGUGGUGCUGGUGCAAGUUCUUCGAAGCGAAAAAGGUGAAUGGAAAACUUUGGUUUUGCUACGCGUUUUGAGAGUUAUGCUUUCCGUGUUCUUUAGUCUUGGUUGGGUAAUGAUUAGUUGUGGGACAAGUGUGAAAUUUUGGAGGCUGAAGGUGGAUAUGAUUAGUUGUGCUUGAAUUGCAUUAUGUUAUGGUGUUUGUUAUGCCUUUGUUUGGAUUC